GCUGAGGCGACAGCGAACCGUCAGACGUUGGAGGGAUCGUGGUCAGUUAUAAUCAAGCGUCGGUCAACCGCGUAUAAUUCCUCGCGAGGAGCUCUUCGUACUAUAUUUUCAAUAUCGAAUCGCGUCGCUUUCGGUACAAUGAUGGUACGAUGUUCGCAGUGUUUAUAUUUCUAUUUAUUUACCCUGGUCGGUUAUUCCCUGGGAUCUCCAGAGUAUUGGGCAGAACGUAGUCAGAUAUUAGCCGAUGAAUCUCACGAAUCAUUGGGAGGAAAAUUGAAAUUCAAUCGCGGCGAGAGAGCGGUAAAUGACAUUCUCAUGACGGCCAAAGCGCAGGAAAUUCGAGCUGGGUUUUACGACCCCAGCAAUUUCCUACCGUCUAGAAAUUUUAUGGCCGUCAUAGAAGACAUUAAGGAAUCGUCAACUUUUCAAAUGAUCCGUAAAAUGCCCAAAGGCGCGCUGCUGCAUGCCCACGACACGGCCCUCACAUCAGUGGAGUUCGUAUAUUCAAAUAUCACUUUUCGAGAUCACCUUCACAUUUGUCGUCCCGGAGCCCCAGGUGAAAUUCUUGGUUUUCGAUUUCUCCGAUCACCGGAUGCGGACGGAACUUGCAAAUCCCAAUAUGGGUGGGAAAAUCUAGCAGACCUCAGAGCCGACCCGAAUAAAGCUGACGAGAUCAACGCGAUGGUGAAAAAUUCACUGACCAUGGUCGUACCGAACCCGGAAAAACAAUAUCCAAAUGUUGAUGAAGCGUGGACGGCGUUUAUGAAUGUAUUCGAUAUCACCGAACCACUUCUUACUUACUAUCCAGUCUUUGAAGACUAUUAUUAUCAGGGACUUACGGAACUGAGAGAUGAUAAUGUGUUUUAUCUUGAAUUGAGAUCGAUUCUUCCAAAUCUUUAUGACUUGGAUGGAAAGGUAUACGGACCAAUCGACGUCGCUCGUCUCUACAAGCACACAACCGAUAGGUUCGUUAAGGAUAACCCGGAUUUCAUCGGAGCAAAGUUGAUUUUCGCCCCAGUCAGACAAUGUACAACAUCGACACUGGACGAAUAUCUCCGGAUCGCAGAAGAGUUGAAAAAAGAGUUACCUGAUUUUGUAGCCGGGUUUGAUCUGGUAGGUCAGGAAGACAAGGGGAAACCUUUGAUAGAGUUCGCGGAUAAGUUGAAGGCUGUGUCUCCGGAUAUACCGUUGUUUCUACACGCUGGAGAAACAAACUGGUACGGAGCCAGCACUGAUGAAAAUUUAAUCGACGCUGUUCUUCUUAACGCGACUAGAAUCGGACAUGGGUACGCGAUUCUGAAGCAUCCCAAAAUACUGGACAUAGUCAAGGAACGGGGAAUAGCGAUCGAAGUUAAUCCGAUUUCAAAUCAGGUUCUCAGGCUCGUGGAUGACCUCAGAAAUCACCCAGCGAGCUACCUUUUCUCCCGUGAUUUCCCGGUUAUCGUUUCUGCGGACGAUCCUGGUCUAUGGGGGGCGACUGGUCUCAGCUACGACUUCUACGAAGCUUUUCUCGGUAUAAUGUCACGCUCAGCAGACAUCCGGGCGCUGAAACAGCUGGCUUUAAAUUCUAUAAAGUUCAGUGCGAUGUCGAAGGAUGAAAAAGCUCGCGCCUUAUGCAUUUGGAACGAAAAAUGGGCCGCUUUUAUCAACGACUCAGUUCAGGACCACAAUGUCCUCUUUAUGUGACGAGCCCGAGCGCACUUAUUGAAGAAAAUCGUCGAUGGUGCUUCACUAGUUUAUAAUUCAGUUGAAGCUCAUAAUUGGGAACAAUUGGAAAGAUGGUUGAAAUGUCAUGGACGUCCACUAUAGGGAAGAAAAAGUGAGCUGACAGAAAAUUGAGACAUUAUUACUCGUUUUACUAUGUAAAUAAUAUCUAUGCUUUUAUUCCAAAUAAUAAUGUCAAUUAAUUUUAAUCACUUGUCGAAACAUUUUAAUAAACAUGAACAUUACUCAUG